GUUCGCUAUCACAGAUAGUAACUAUAAUUUAUAGUAUCUAUGCUAGAAGUAUCACAGAGCUAGAGCAGGCCAGUAUCCCAUACUCAGAAUGGAAGGAAGCCAUUCACCUCAAGCAACAAGAGUCUCAACCCUCCGAACAACAAGAUGAAAGUAAUAAAGAAAGCGAAGAAGAUGACAAAAUCGAGGAGAAAUCUAUUAGGAGACGUUCUGGUCGGAAAACGUAUCAAAAUCAACUUCGUCAAAAUGAAGUGCAUCAAAAGGAUCAAGCUGACACCGGAGAAUCAAAUAAAAUCAGUGCUACAGAUGAAGAGGGGUACGAGUCAGGUAGCUACGAGGAUCAGUUGGAGGCAGUAAUGAGCGACUUAGAUGAUGACAGUUACAAGACUGCGUCAAAGAAGAGCUCAAAACUCGCCGUCCCACAGAGCAGCGGUAACAAGACACUGGGUAGAAAUAGAGAAGGCACAACUGAAGUCGAGACUGUGGAGAAUAUUGGAGCUGGUCAAAGAGCUAACGGAAAGACCCACAAAAACUCGAAAUUGGAAUACGAAUCACUAAUUGCCACUAAUGAGUCUGAGGAUCAAUGCAGCUCGUUGCCUAGUGAUAACUGGAGCCAGUACCAACAGACUCAACUGGAGUGGGCCCUCUCUCACUAUCCAAAGUUCUCUGAGGAUCGCUGGGAAAAUGUUUCUAAAGCUGUUCCUGGAAAAUCAAUGGAUGAGUGUGUCAAGAGAUGUAAGGAGUUGUUCGAAGCUGUCAGGAAGAGAAAAGUAGACACUGGCAGAUAGCUUAGUUCACAGCAAACACACUCUUAUUCAUAAUUCCAUAAUUAUUUUAUUAGGCAAACAGAUUUGUAAUUUUUGUGUUGAAUUCAGUGACACAUAAUUAUCUCAAACCUCAUAAUUAAAAAUUGUCAAUGUUAACAA